GGUUCUUGAGAAAUGCGGUGCGAAAGUUAAAGUUUUUACAAUUAUUCUCAAUGUUAAAUGCCUAAUAAAACCUUUCCCGUGUCGGCAAACGCACGCUGCUUUGUUGGUGCACGUAAAAAAAUCCAAUACGGCGAUCUGUCAAGUUCUAAGACACCACCUCUCUAUUUAAAACAUCUUGGGCAAAAAUGAAAACAAAUAAUUUUCGAAUCUUUUGCGGAUUUUGUGCAAGAAAAAAUCCACAAAAUUAAUCGAUUUCACCGAGAAACACUCGUCAACGACGGCAGCGUUGGUUCCUCUAGUCAUACACGCGCGGAGGUGUACGUAAUCUUCCGGAAGUGCGCCCCCGGUUACAAUUGUGUCGCGUAACGAACCCGUGAACCCAGCUCGCCCUCGUAACCCAUUCGAUCUCGACGGCGAGGUGCGUAACAACCACCUCGAUAAGCGUCUUCCGCGGUCCCUGGCGUUGUUAUCAGUGAUUAGUCGUUAGCGUGUGUCUACAUUGGCCAAGAUUAAUCUCUCGGUGGAAAUCAACAUGGGAGAAAACAGCAAGGAGGCAGCGGAAACACCGCCCGCCGUCCUGUCGGCGGUGGCCAGCUUAACAACGACGACGGACCAUCUAACGGAAUCAGCGAGUACAACUUCCCCCCAAUCACCACCGCCACUGCCACCGCGAGAGCAUUUGAUCGUGACCGCCAUUAAGUUCCUGAACAAUCCGAACGUAGUUCGUAGUGCCAUCAACAAGAAGCAGGCCUUUCUGCGGUCCAAAGGUUUAACGGAGGAUGAGAUACAGAUCGCCUGCGAGCGGGCCGGUGUCUUUACCGCUGAUCCCAAGCUCCCCAGCCACACCGUCAUCAGUAUGGGCGUGGAAUCGGGUGGUGCAAGCUACGCCAAAUCCGGGGCCAGCUACCAGCUGCAACAGCGUUCCAGUAAUUUUCUCACUCGAAUGAAGGACAUACUCAGCUCCGUUGCUAUGCUCAGUGGACUUAUGUACGGGGCAUACUGGCUCUACAAGAGAUUCAUCGAACCGUUGUUGUUUAGGGAUAAAAAGAAGAAAAGUGUCACGGAAGAGUUGGCUGAAUUGAACGCUUCGGUUACGGUGAAGAUCGACACGAUCAGUAGUGAGCUGACGGGUAUCCGGGAAGAGCUGAACCGAGUCAACCAGCUUAAUGAUAAGAUGAAGGAGUUGACGAGUUUUAAGGGUGAUCUCGAUUCAAUCAAAGGUCUACUCCUGAACCGGAAACAAUUUGCCUCCCCCAACCUUCCCAUAGUACCACCGUCGAUUCCAGCGUGGCAGCUACGCUCACAGCAGCACCAGCAACCGAGCAGCGAGGGAGAACACGACAAGAUCGAUGAUAACGAUACUGGCUCCGGGUCGGGAUCCAGUGAGAACGAUGUGGUGCUGAAGAACAGUGACAGCAGCUUGGAGAUUAUGUAAUUGCGAUUGUUCCUGGACAAUUAUUGCUGAUCUUCCCUGACAAUUUCUUUUUCUCCAUUUGCUACUUUCCUACUUUGCAGAUCUUAAUUCGUCUAAAUACGCAUCACAAGUAACGAUUGGUCUGCAAAUAAAAGUCGUUUCCUCCAUUAUUGUGUAGCUUCCAUCGCCUAAAUUCGCGAUAAUUUUGUGCGUUCAGUUAGCUCCCAUGGAUGCGCUAGGUAUAGCUCCCUUGGAUCGUACAACGUCAUCAUGUUCUACAGGACCGUUUUGAUCGCUCCAGGGAAAAGGAAAGGGAAACGUUAGGGUUCAGUUUUACAUAACGUUAAGCUCCUCCUUUUUGUACAGUUUUGCAUUUAACCAAACCAUUGCCAUUCUUCCUUGUUUGAGCGCUGCUGUGGGGAUGGUGUUGACUGGACAGCAUAGAAGGUAGCACCUGCAGACGAUUGCGGGUAUUGUAGAAAGCAGGAUCGAAACGUUUCCAAUCCUUUAUCGAUAGUUGUGUUUUUGGUUGCUUUCAGGGAUACUGUGGAGAGUUCUUUACUCGUGCGUAACACGUGCGUUAUCUAGUGAUAUCAAUUAGUUUCCUGCAAUGGUUUUGAACUGUAAUGCCGAUGAUUUCUGGUCGUGGUGGUGGAACAUAACAUUUGGAAGGUAGAAAAGAUCGAGCGGUUUUACGUUAGUGUGUAGUUUACUUGACUGCAAGUGAAUGGUACCUACCCAUCCGUGUGUCAGAAUUGGAUGAAUAAACUCGAUCCUAUCCUGUUCAAGAUACACACUACCUCUCAUUCAAUUGCUAUCAGUUUCGCUGACCCAUUCGGAAAAUGGUAAGUGGAGUCGCUAGAUCUUACUUCACUGUAACUGAGCUACGUACUUGUACAAAACCAUACAACGUAUAGUUAUGUUGGAUCAAAAUUGUAUGUUUAAUUCAUUAGUAAGAGUUCGACAAAAACUGUGA